AUGGCCGGCGACCUCCUCAAGAAGCGCAAGAUCGCUGUUCUCGGCUCUCGGUCUGUUGGCAAGUCCUCACUGGUAGUGCAAUACAUCGAAAAUAUCUUUGUCGAGUCGUAUUAUCCCACCAUCGAAGCUACUUUCUCAAAGAGCAUCAAGUACAAAGGGCAGGAGUAUGACUGCGACAUUAUCGACACCGCCGGUCAGGACGAAUACUCCAUCUUGAAUUCCAAGCAUGCUAUUGGCAUCCACGGCUUCGUCCUCGUCUACUCCGUCACGUCACGAAACUCCUUCGACAUGAUCCAGAUCGUUUACGACAAAAUCAUCAACUUCUGUGGGGAAAGCAAGAUCCCCUGUGUUAUUGUCGGCUCCAAGGCGGAUCUAGAGCAAAACAGGCAAGUCAGUCGAAGCGAGGGUGAGGAGCUCGCACGGCAAAACCACGCCGUAUUUGUCGAGACCAGUGCGAAGAACAACGUGAAUGUCGCAAAGGUCUUCGAGAGUUGUCUGGCGGAGGUCGAACGUUUGUCCCCCUCAAGCCAGACAGAACCCGAAGGCAGCAAGUGCCUCAUCAUGUGA